AUGAAACUAAGUCUUCUGUUCCUACUGAUCGGCGCUGCCAUCGCGGCCGAUAUGAAUGACAUAACAGUCAAGAUUGAACGUCACUUCCCCUGCAGCGCAUCCUCAGGCCCGCCAAAAGAUCAGUUGAGGAUAAAGUUCCCCAGCUACAAGUCUGAAGGUGUCAAGUUCACCGAAGAACAAAGUGCCAGCGGCAAUAAGUGCUUCAGAAUGUCAGGCGGAACAGUUGAGGUAUCACCACCUGGCCUCGAUGGCAGCAAGAAGUACUACGUACACGUUGAGACUAGAAUUGGCAUCAAAGGAAAGCCGGAACGUUGCAUUAACGCUGAUAAGGACGGUUGUGGUGGUAUUGGGUCAUGGUAAGUUGAAGCAGUAAAAAUAGAUCGAUACUCCAUCUUAUCCUACCUCACCCUAUUUACACUACCUUACUGCACCCUCCCUACCUUACCCUACCUUAAAAAUUCGAUAAAAUUACAGCAACCUAAAAUUAAAAAAUGAAUUCCAGUGUCCACUGUGACAUCUGCAAAACCAAAGGCGGCUCGUUGAAAAACUUUAUUCAAAUUUUCCAAAAAGACAAACCAGCCGAAUGCAGUGCCGAAGGCUUGCCAGAAGGCUCAUACGACGACCUGUCACUGAAGGUAUGUCUGCCAAACAAAGAAGAGAUGAUGAAGUUCUUGGAUCCCGAUGUCAAGAGAGCCAAACAAAUUUGGAACAUCUUUAUGCAAACCCGAUCUCAAGCUGGUGUAAGUUUUGAAUAAGGUUUUUUUCUCAUUCGACUUCUUGUUGAGGAUUACAAGAGGUACAGUUAGACUAAGCUGUAGCUAAGGUAUAUUAUGAAAGGUCUAAAUCAAGGCUAGAAACUUAGAGAAGGCUUUAGUAGGGCUAAAAUAAAAAAUACUCUAUCCUUCCAGAGCUACAAUAAGUGUAGAGCACAGAAGAUAUAAUUAGAAAGGUUUAUCUAUACUAAUCUAUAGUACAGUAAAAGAUAAGUUAGCAUAAGUCAGUCUAGGAAAAAAAAAACUAGGACUAAGACGAAAUUCCAAACAGAAGACGCUAGAUUACUGUAAAAUUAGAGUAAAGUAGAGAUAUAUUAAGGCUAGAGUACAAUACGCAACAGACAAAUUGAGAUGUUUAAGCUAGCGUAGGGUCAUUGAAGAACUACAACAAGUCUAGAGCUACAGUAAGUUUAUCGAAAAGCCAAGCUAAGGUUAGCAUGGGCAAUUAAAACUAAAGCUAAAGGGCUAAGGCUCGGCGGCUAGGACUAGAGCUCUGCAACUCGGGCUAUGACUAAGGCUAAGACUAACUAAGGCUAAAGCUAAAGCUAAAACUAAGACUCAGAUUUAAGCUAAGACUAAGGCUAAAGCUUGAACCAGAGCUACGUUUUUCCUUGCCAUUUUAAAACCAAACCCUCUGCCAUUCCAGAACAUUCCAUUGGUAAUCGCGGCCCGACUCUUCGACAAGCCUAUCAACCAGCUCAACUCGAAAGAGUUAAACGAUGCUCUCCACGGCUCCAAAGACGGCAUGAUUGGCUGCCAUUGGAUUUACGCCACAAUUUCGUCAAACUAA